UUUGGUAGUUGCGCGGCUGUGUGGUACCUACUCGGUGGUUCAAGUGUGUGGCAGUCGGUUGAGAAGUCGGCGCCGUUGUAUGCGUAUGACUGCGGGUUGAGAUAACACGAGUGAAUUUGCUAAAGCAAGGGUUGUUCUGUGUGGUCGCACUGAAAUUACUACAGCCCAUGUGCUCUGCUUGUUAAAAUGCUUAUCAAGGAAUUCCGUGUCACUUUGCCUCUUACAGUGGAAGAGUAUCAAGUGGCUCAGCUGUACUCUGUAGCAGAAGCUAGUAAAAAUAAUACUGGCGGUGGAGAGGGUAUAGAAGUGCUAAAAAAUGAGCCAUUCACAGAUUAUCCUUUGCUUGGUGGAAAAUAUUCUUCAGGCCAAUAUACAUACAAGAUUUAUCAUUUAGCUAGUAGAGUGCCUGCUUUUAUUCGUAUUAUGCUGCCAAAGAAUUCUAUGGAAAUUCACGAAGAAGCUUGGAAUGCUUAUCCUUAUUGCAAAACUGUUAUAACUAAUCCUGGAUAUAUGAAAGAGAACUUUGUAAUUAUGAUAGAAUCAUUUCACAUUGAUGAUGUUGGAAAUCAAAAUAAUGUUCAUGAAUUACCUCCUGAUAAAUUAAAAAUAAGAGAAGUGGUACAUAUAGAUAUUGCAAAUGAUCCGAUUGCAAAUGCUGAUUAUAAAGAGGAUGAAGAUCCAACAAAGUUUAAAUCUGUAAAAACAGGUCGGGGCCCACUUGUUGGCAAAGAUUGGAAAAAUAAUGUUCAACCUAUAAUGACAUGCUAUAAGUUAGUCACUUGUGAAUUUAAGUGGUUUGGUCUACAAAAUCGUGUUGAAAGUUAUAUUCAAAAAGCAGAAAGGCGUCUUUUUACUAACUUUCAUAGACAAGUGUUUUGUUGGAUAGAUCGUUGGUACGGUUUGACAAUGGAAGAUAUUAGAGCAAUUGAAGAAAAUACGAAAGUAGAAUUGGAUAGGCAAAGACAUCAAGGAGAAGUAAGGGGUAUGCGAGCUGAUGAUUGAGGCUUUGACAGCUUCUGUUAUGAAUGGUUAAAUUAAUUUCCUUCUACAUCUCAAAUAAAUUCACAUACGUUUUGUCAUAGGCGAUCCUGCAGGAUCGGGACAAUUUCCAGAACUUAAGUGUCUAGAUUCAGUGUCUAUUACAAUUACUUACAAUUUUAAUUUAUUUACAUUUACGAACGUUCUAGAUAAAUAUAUCUACAGUCAAAGAUUAUAAUAUAGCCAAUAACGAGAGAAAGAGCUGAUAAGUCAGUUUGAUCUAUAUGAUGUAUAAAAUAUAAAAAAAAAGAGUACAGUUCGAUAAAACUCAAUAUAGGUGGAAAAGAUGUAACUGUUAUUUAACACCAUAGUAGUUCGAUAUUAAAAUUUAUGAAUAAGAUGUUCAGAAUGCUUACCAUAUAUAAACAGGAAUACUUAACACAGGAAUCGUGAGUCUGAUAAUAAACUUAUAGCUUGAUUUUAAAUUUAUUAAUUUUUACUUUGAGAAGGGGAACAUCACGAUAUGAUCUACAGUUCUGUAAGUCCAAUUAUACAUUGUAUAAUAACUUAAAAAAUUAAACAAACGUAUUUUGGCACUUUUGCGAAUGGAAAUUAAUUUUGUGAUAAUUUACUAACGUUCACUACUACUGUCAGACGAAAUAAAAUAACAAAUGAUUAAUAAGUUAUAGAUAGUUACACUUUUCUUGUUUUAUGUUUUCGAUUCAAAAAAAGGAGGAUAGAAAGACACAUUUAAAUCAUAAUCAACUUAAUAAAUUUUUAGUUAUUACACUAACAUUGGUCUGUGAAAAAUGUGAAAGCAAUUAUGUAAAGUCAGUAUUUGACAUACAUACAUACAUAUAUAUAUGUGCACAUGUACGUACAUACAUACAUAGAACGGGGGAGACAAAUAUUUUGCUGUGAAAGUCGGUAAAUGCAGAAAGGGUACAUUACUGUAUAUAAAAAAAGUGGCAUACAAAGAAAUUCAAAUUGAAAUGUUAUAAAUACUUAUAUAUUUCUUUGCAUUCCAAUAGAUAUCUGUACAAGAAAUUAAACCAAAUUAUAUAUCAUAUCCAACAUGUUCGCUUAUGCAAAAAAAAUAAUUAAAUUAAAAUAUAGUUGGAAAAGAAUUGUAAUUGUCGUUUGCACAAAUUAUAUGUAUAUUGUUACCUGUUAUACUAGAAUCUAUUCUGUAGUAUUUAAGGUAGCUUUAGAAAUACAAUCUAGAUAAAGUAAUUAACUUUUGGAAGAUUGCAGUGCAGAAUAUCUGAAUUUAUGCUGCUCAGUUGUGGAUCUUAGCAUUUAAGUUUGAUGUGCGAUCUCAUCAGAUUUCAAUAUUAACAGAGAUUUUUAAAUAAAAUCUCACUGUGAGCAGUGUUUACCACCCCUA